ACUAAUGGAGGAGACAAUCCUUCAAUUCCCCUCUGAUCUCUGCAGCUAUCUGUCUCUUUCUCUCUCUCUCUCUCUCUCUCUCUCUCUCUCUCGCACUCACUACUCAAAGCCACCAUCUUUCCAUUCUUUAUACUAUUUGUGGUUGCAGGGAACAGUGAACCUCUGUAUAUUAUAUACUCUCAUCGAUCCCCCACUCUUUCAUUUCAAUUCCCAUAGACACUUUCUUGCUCUCAUGGAUUUCCAACCCAAUACUUCUCUUCAUCUCAGCCUGCCCAACAACCAGCCAAAUCUAGAUCUCCUCCUCGAGUCGUCACCUCCUUAUCCGGCCGCCGAACCGCGGGUAUUCUCUUGCAAUUACUGCCAAAGGAAGUUUUACAGCUCACAAGCGCUUGGCGGCCACCAAAACGCUCACAAGCUGGAAAGAACAUUGGCCAAGAAAAGCAGGCAGCUAAGUUCCGCCGUCAAAGCUCAUGGAGAACAAAACCAUCAGCCUGCUGGUACGAGUCAUAUCCGGCGUAUUCAGCCACCUCCGGCCGGGUUUGAACACCGCGGAGUACAUGCCGGUAGGUUUGCUUCGUCGACUACUGAUCAUACAUGUUAUUAUGGGAGGAGUACUGAGAAUGUCCAAGAAGAUCAGUUCAACCAGCUUGAUUUGUCUCUAAGGUUAUGAAUGUAUUUAGUUGAAAUGUAAUUUCAUUUUUAUAUGAUUCACUAUCAUCGAUAUAUUCUCAUGUGCGAAGAUUUUCAGCUGAUCAUGAUCACAAAGGAGAUCGAUGCAGUGGGUUAAUUUGGAUAUGCUCAUCAAUGACAUAAA